AAGAUAGAUAAAAAAAAGAAGUAGAAGAUGACAGUGAUAUAUUCUUGCCGCGGACCACGUGACGUCCUUUCCGGUCUAACCUGACAACAUGGACGCCAGCCGCGUGCCACAGAUCAAGCUCGCAAGAGUUACAAGAGUUCUCGGAAGAACUGGAUCACAGGGACAAUGUACACAGGUCCGUGUUGAGUUCAUGGACGACAGCAACCGGUCCAUCAUCAGGAACGUGAAGGGCCCAGUCAGAGAAGGAGAUGUGCUGACACUCCUAGAGUCUGAAAGAGAAGCCAGGAGGCUGCGAUAGGGCCCACUGAAGUUGUGAGGUGCAGAUCCAACAUGGUGGAGAAGACGGCAACAUUUUCAAGAGAAGAUCAUUUGGAAUUGGAAUGUCGCACAACUCACUUCGGGAGAUGUUUUGAAAAUAAAAUUUGGGUAUUAAGAUGA